UGUGAUUAUCCAUAUAUCAUGAGAACAAGCGAACAUGAAUGAAGGAAGCGCUGCCGGAAAACCGGACACGAGCACAAUAGCCGAACCCCGCCUUCCUCUAUCUCCAAAUUUCGGGGUACAGCAACAGCGAACUCUUCAAACCCACCGGACCCCGCCUCCGCUGACAUCGCUACAAUGACGUACUCCCUGAUGUCUUUCGUCCACAUAUAACAGCUCUCUCUCUCGAGGAGACAUCGCAUCUCUUCGCAAUUAAUCAUAUUCCUACACUUGACCUCCCGAGAUCCCUCUCAAAAAUGACCACCAGCACAUCAUACAUCCAACACGAACGCGACGGCAAACAAGUCCUCCUAAAAGGACAAGCCCAAUUGCCCUCCCGCAAACCACACCAAAGCCUCGUAAAAGUGCAAUAUGUAGCUCAAAACCCCACUGAUGUACAAACACUCGACUCCAAUGCAUUCGGUGAAGGAACAGUAUUGGGUUGCGAUUUCGUCGGCACUGUCGAAGAAGAAGGUACAGAGGCGAAGAAUCUCAACAAGGGAGAUGUGAUUGCUGGGUUGAUUUGGGGUGCUGAGAUCAAAGGACUUGGAGCUUAUGGAAGUCAUACUUUCGCAGACGAUCGCAUCAGCUUCAAGGUUCCCAAAUCCGUGAAGCUGGAGGAUGCUGCAACUCUUCCACUGGCUUCGUGUACUGCAUGGUUGGCUUUGUUCUCGAAGACGUGUUUGAAUAUCCCCAGGAAGGAAGGAAAGGAAAAGACCAGUGUGUUGAUCUGGGGUGGAAGUUCAAGUGUAGGCUCCUACGCCAUCCAACUCGCCCGCAUAUACAACUUCAACAUCCUCACAACCUGCAGCCCUAAAAACUUCUCCAUGGUAAAGAACCUCGGCGCAACUCACGUAUUCGAUUACAACGACCCUGCCGUCAUCGACAAUAUCAAAAACGCCGCAUCAGAUCUAGAAUACACAUUCGACACCAUCGGCUCAACAGACUCUUCAGCACAAGCGUCUCAAGCGAUAAGAUCAGAAGGUGGCGUACUAUGCACAGUACGUCCCGGCAAAGCAAACACGGAAGAUGUCGCCAAACAUGUCAAGAUCACCGAUGUACUCGUGUGGACGGCAUUCCUGAAGGAUCAUCAGUACAAAGAAUUCAAAUGGCCGGCUUCCGUGGAGGAUCACGAACUCAGUGCGGAGUUGUUCGAAAAACUUCCCUCUUGGUUGGAGGAUGGUACCAUCAAGCCCAAUAAUGUCAAGCUGUUUGACAGCCUCGACUCGAUUCAUGAAGGUUUUGAUAUGCAUCGCAACGGCAAGAUUUCGUCCUUCAAAAUCGUGUACAAGGUUUAGAGCUGCCUGUCAGAAGAUCUUGCGAUGGACAUCUGUGUACAUGCCUGGCCAAUCAUAAUGAAACAAUGCAAAACAUAAUUUGACGGUAGUAAGAAGAAAAGGGCAUUAAAAUAAUUGUAGAAACAUAAAAGUCUAUAAUACAUGGGGAAAGCAAAAAAGAAUAACUCGGGAGCUUUUGUAAAACGGCCCCUUUCCCUUCAUUUAAUUUACCUACGACGACCCCAAGAUCCUCUCAUAAGCAUCUUCGACCUCCUUAGCAACUUCGAGUAAAGUCACAAUGACAACCUGAUGCGUCACAUUAGGUAACCUCUCCCUGUGGAGACCAAUCCAUU